AUGGCGAGCCAGGCCACGCCGCAGGUCUACGGCCAGGCGUCGCACGACCCCGCCGCCGAGCUCCAGCGGCAGAUGGCCUCGGCGGCGGCGCAGAGCGCGGCGGAGCAGGGCGCACGGGUGGCCGGAGAGAAGGCGAAGCAUGGCUUCUAUGAAGUCAAGGCGUAUAUCGUGGAGAACCCCUCGAGCGUGAAGACCCUGUGCUUCCUCAUUGGGCUGAUCUUGAUGAUCUUUAGCAUCUUGGGCGUGAUCAACCCCUUCGGAGCCUUCAGCCGACCGGGGGAGUACUUGGCCAAUAUCUACAACGUCUUCUUCGGGGUCAUCAUUUGCAUCUGCGAUGGGAAAGAAGACUGGAUGAGGGCCUGCGGUGACGUUCAAACAAAGCUCUUCCAACGUGCCUUCUUCUUAGCAACGCCCACUGGGAAAGCGUUCUUCUACUUCUAUGUCGGCUCAAUGACCAUUUUGAUGCUUCCGGAAGGCAUUUGGUCGGUCAUCUACAUCAUCUUGGGCUCAUGCCUGAGUCUUUUGGCGCUUGUCAUGCUGUUCUUCCAAUAUUGCGGUGGCUAUUGCGGCAGCGGCUAUGGUCAAAUGGCAGCCGGGGGGGUCAUCUGGACAGCUCUGAGGUCCAGCACAGGAUCAGGUCACCUUUUGAGGUCACACCAGGUCACACCCUGA